CCCAUUGAAGCCCCACCCAAGAAACGCGUUCGACCCACAUUCAAGGAAGCAGCACUGAGGGCCUACAGGAAACAGAUGGCUGAACUGGAGCAGCAGAUCUUGGCAGGGGCCUCGCAGUCUUUUGGAUCCCAAAAUGCUCGGCUUGCAGUCUGGAGGGGCUGGCAGUAUUCUUUAUGGUAUUGACAGCAUGCCAGAUUUACGCCGCAAGAGGACAGUGCCUCUUGUCCGAGACCUGACCCUCACUGCUCGAAAGGCAGGCAUCUCGUUCGCUCUGGUGAACCGGUCCACCCUGAAUAAUGAGGACCUGAAACUGCAUGUCUUCAAGAAGACUCUCCAGGCCUUGAUCUACCCGAUAUCAUCCACAACACCCCAUAACUUCGAGGUGUGGACGGCGACGGCACCCACAUAUUGCCAUGAGUGUGAGGGCCUGCUGUGGGGCAUCGCCCGUCAGGGCAUGCGCUGCUCAGAGUGUGGCGUUAAAUGCCAUGAGAAGUGCCAGGACCUGCUCAAUGCGGAUUGUUUACAAAGGGCAGUGGAGAAGAGCUCUAAGCACGGGGCAGAGGACAAGACCCAGAAUAUCAUCAUGGCUAUGAAGGAGCGCAUGAAGAUAAGGGAGAAGAACCGUCCUGAAGUGUUCGAGGUGAUCCAGGAGAUGUUCCACAUCUCCAAAGAAGACUUCAACAGCCAUCUGAAGACAGCCAAGCAGGCUGUUCUGGAUGGGACCUCCAAGUGGUCUGCCAAAAUCAGCAUCACAGUCAUGAGUGCACAGGGCUUACAGGCCAAGGAUAAAACUGGCUCCAGUGACCCCUACGUCACUGUCCAGGUGGGCAAAACCAAACGCAGGACGAAGACCAUCUUCGGCAACCUCAACCCAGUCUGGGAUGAGAAGUUCUACUUUGAAUGUCACAACGCCACUGACCGCAUCAAGGUACGUGUGUGGGACGAGGACGAUGACAUCAAAUCACGGGUGAAGCAGCAUUUCAAGCGUGAGUCAGACGAUUUCCUGGGCCAGACCAUCAUUGAGGUUCGCACUCUCAGUGGAGAGAUGGACGUUUGGUACAAUCUAGAUAAAAGGACCGACAAGUCUGCGGUAUCUGGUGCCAUCCGACUCAAGAUCAGCGUGGAGAUGAAAGGGGAAGAGAACGUGGUUCCCCCUCACGGCCAGUACACCUGUUUACAUGAGAACCUGUUCCACUACCUGACUGAGGUGAAGAACAACGGGGUAGUGAAGAUCCCACAGGUGAAAGGGGACGAGGCGUGGAAGGUCUACUUUGACGACGUGUCUCAGGAGAUAGUGGAUGAGUUCGCCAUGAGAUACGGAGUGGAGUCCAUCUAUCAGGCUAUGACGCACUUCUCCUGUCUGUCCGCCAAAUACAUGUGUCCCGGUGUGCCAGCAGUUAUGAGCAACUUGCUUGCUAAUAUCAAUGCCUACUUCGCCCACACCACCACCGCCACCACAACCACUGCCUCCGCUUCUGACCGAUUUGCUGCCUCUAACUUUGGGAGAGAGAAAUUUGUCAAAUUACUGGACCAACUGCAUAACUCACUAAGGAUCGACCUCUCUAAAUAUCGGGAUAAUUUCCCUGCAGGAAACCCAGAGCGUCUGCAAGACCUGAAGUCCACUGUUGAUCUGCUGACCAGCAUCACCUUCUUCAGGAUGAAGGUACAAGAGCUCCAAAGUCCACCAAGAGCCAGUAUGGUGGUGAAGGACUGCGUGAAAGCGUGUCUGGACUCCACAUACAAAUACAUUUUUGAUAACUGUCAUGAACUGUACAACCAACUCCUCGACCAGAGCCGGAAGCAGGACAUUCCCCGUGAGGAGCAGGGUCCAUCAAUAAAGAACCUGGAAUUUUGGCCAAAACUCAUCACUCUCAUGGUGUCUGUAAUCGAUGAGGACCGCACUGCUUACACCCCAGUCAUUAACCAGUUUCCACAGGAGCUGAAUGCAGGCAAGAUCAGCGCCGAGAUUAUGUGGAACCUCUUUGCCCUGGAUAUGAAGUAUGCAAUGGAAGAGCAUGACAAGCACCGCCUAUGCAAAAGUACUGAAUACAUGAAUCUUCACUUCAAAGUGAAAUGGUUCCAUAAUGAGUAUGUCCGUGACCUGCCGGCUUUCAAGGGUGUUCCCCCUGAGUAUUCUCUGUGGUUUGAGCCAUUUGUCAUUCAGUGGCUUGAUGAGAACGAGGAUGUUGCCAUGGAUUUCCUCAAUGGAGCACUGGAAAGGGACAAGAAAGAUGGAUUCCAGCAAACCUCAGAGCACGCCCUCUUUUCCUGUUCAGUGGUCGACGUGUUCACUCAACUAAACCAGAGUUUUGAGAUUAUCAAGAAGCUGGAGUGUCCAAACCCACAGGCUCUGGCUCACUUCAUGUGCCGCUUUGCGAAGACUAUCAACAAAGUUCUUCUGCAAUAUGCUGCAAUCAUAUCCAAGGACUUUCCUUUGCAUUUGACUAAGGAGAAUGUGCCCUGCAUCCUCCUCAACAACAUUCAGCAGCUCCGUGUCCAACUGGAGAAGAUGUUUGAGUCCAUGGGUGGCAAACAGCUGGAUGCAGAGGCCAGUGAUCUGCUAAAGGAGCUGCAGAAUAAGCUCAACACGGUGCUGGAUGAACUCAGCGGAGUGUUUGGCUGCAGUUUCAAACCUGUGAUCGAGGACUGUGUGAAGCAGAUGAACCAGGAGCUGGUUCAGAUGAAAGGUUCAGCCAAAGGGAGUAACGCUGCCAUGGAUGCAGAGACUGUCCUGCGGCCACUUAUGGACCUUCUGGAUAAAAAUUUGAUGUUAUUUGCCAAGAUUUGUGAGAAGACUGUGUUGAAACGAGUCCUCAAAGAGCUGUGGAAAAUUGUGCUGAAUACAAUCGAGAGAACAAUUGUUCUGCCUCCGUUGAAUGACCAGAGUCAAGGAGCUCAGAUGAUCUUCAAUGCUGCCAAGGACUUGGGACAGCUGUCCAAACUGAAGGAGCAUGUAAUUCGAGAGGAAGCCAGAAGUUUGACCCCACGACAGUGCGCAGCCAUGGACCUUGUGCUUCCCACCAUCAAGCAAUACUUCCAUGCUGGAGGAAACGGGCUGAAGAAAACAUUCCUUGAAAAGAGCGCCGAUAUGAAAUCCCUCAAAUAUGCUCUCAGCCUUUACACUCAACCUACAGAUGCCUUGAUCAAGAAAUAUAUAUGCACCCAAACCUCUCAAGGUCAGUCAUCCAACGGAUCGGUGGGGGAGGUGUCAAUGCAAGUGAAUCUCAUCUCUCACCCUGGCACUGGAGAGCACAAAGUCAGCGUGAAGGUGGUCGCAGUGAACAACCUCAUCUGGCAAACCAACGCCAUGUUCCGGCCAUUUGUAGAGGUUAACGCCGUGGGACCACAUCUGGCAGACAAGAAGCGCAAAUUCAGCACCAAGACCAAGAAUAACAAUUGGUCACCAAAGUACAAUGAAACAUUCCAAUAUGUUCUAAGUAAUGAACAUGGUCCAGAGGCGUACGAGCUGCACGUCUCAGUAAAGGACUACUGCUUUGCCCGCGAGGACCGUGUCAUCGGCAUGACGGUCAUCCAGCUCCGAGAGCUGGCGGACAAGGGCAGCUGCUCCGCCUGCUACCCCCUGAUGAAGAGCAUCUCCAUGGACGAAACUGGCCUCACCAUCAUGAGGAUACUCUCUCAAAGGACCAACGAUGAGGUGGCCAAGGAGUUUGUGCGUCUCAAGACAGACACACGCUCGGCAGAGGAAGUGUCGUAAUGUGGAGCAAAAAUGCAGUAUUAAAAAUUGUUGUGUUGUCUUAGGUGAGAGAUAAAGAGAAAAAGGAGAGAGCAGUAGCAACAGUUGUUCUUUCUGGAUAGCUGGAGAAUGAGAUUGUCCAAAGAGAAGCCGAGAAGGCACAAAUGUGGCAAGGCAGCAAGACAGUGAGAGAGAGAGUUGUGUUUGUUUGUUUGUUUUUGUGCAUGUGCGUAAAACAUCUGUUGGAAUGUUCAUUUUAAAACUACAGUAUGUACAAGUGUUUACUUACCGUAUGCUUACUAUUAAGUACUAUAUUCUACGAGUUAUGUUAACGAGACAUGAAAUACCUUUUGUACAACAUUUAGUCUUUUUGAACAGAGAUUUGUUCCAAUAAAGUGCCAAACCAGUGAAAAAAGAACAAAACCAACGUAUAUGAAUUAUGGUGAACUUUGUAUGUUUGAAAUUUGCUCAGUUAUUUUGUCCGGUGUAAGUCAUUUUCUGACCGUGUGGCGUUUUGAUUGUUGCAAAGUCUUUCAUUUUGCACCCUCGUUUUUUGGCUUCACGUUCUUCCACACGGCACUGUUGUGCAUGUCCUCUUCUCGGUCAUGUCUCUCCCAUGAUUCCACAGUGACCACCGAGCAGGGUCCUGUCCCCUUGCCUUCAAACUGUUUGUAUUUUAAGUCGACCUGAAAAUAGACCAUGUUUUUUUAAAUGGCGAUGACUGCUAUGUAAACCUUCAUAGGUGUUUGUAAUUUUAUAACCAUGACAACAAUGACGACAGUCACCAGUGCUAACAGUCUUAGCAAAAAGGAUGGAAAUGUUUUCUUUUUCUUUGGCUUUUUGUUCCUUCUUUUUGGCCAUCAGCUUCCAGCCUUUCUGAAUGACCACUGUGAACAUGAGCUUUGGAAGGCAAGCUUACAUGACAUUGCUGACAGUUUGAUAUUAUUGUUUCAUAUUUUUCCGAUAACUUUGUUCCUGAUAAACUGCCAAAGUUACAUAAAAUAUUUGUACAAAAGCAAUCCAUUACAUGUAUGAAGAUAUAUAUGUACAUGUGAUCUAUUACUUUUUCAAUGCUUAAUAUUUGAUUAUU